CUUCUCGCAGAACCGUAAAUCAUAAAAGCUAGAAAUUUAAUGUAACCAACAUCUUCUCUUCUUAUCUACAUGCACACACAUGUAUAUAAAUCCAUUGUAUAUUUGUAUGUCUUUGGUCCGUGACAGAUACAGAGGAGUAACCAGAAGAAGACUACAUACGACGACAAGGAUAAUUUGCUUGUACUAAAGUUGACGUGUCUUCUCCGGCCUGCAGCAUUUGUGAUUAACUACUACCAACUCAACGACAUUUUGAGGGCUAAAGAUGAGAGGAACAGAGUGUGUGAUGAUGCUGUUUGUUUUGUUAAUGGUGGGGGAUUAUGCAACGACGACGUUUGGAACUACGGUGACAUAUGAUCAUCGGGCUAUUGUCAUCGACGGCAAGCGGAGAGUGUUGGUUUCGGGUUCUAUUCAUUAUCCUCGGAGCACUCCUGAUAUGUGGCCGGACUUGAUUCAGAAAUCGAAGGAUGGAGGGUUGGAUGUGAUUGAGACUUAUGUUUUCUGGGAUUUGCAUGAACCUGUCCGGAACCAGUUUAAUUUUGAGGGGAGAAAUGAUUUGGUUAAGUUCUUGAAGUUGAUUGCGGAUGCUGGUCUAUAUGCUCAUCUUCGAAUUGGUCCUUAUGUUUGUGCUGAGUGGAACUACGGAGGAUUUCCGCUUUGGUUGCAUUUUAUACCUGGGAUUAAGUUUAGGACAAAUAACGAGCCAUUCAAGGCGGAGAUGAAGCGUUUUACUGCUAAGAUUGUGGACUUGAUGAAGCAAGAAAAACUUUAUGCCUCACAAGGGGGACCGAUUAUUUUAUCUCAGAUUGAAAAUGAGUAUGGAAAUGUGCAAUCUCACUAUGGAGCUGGCGCCAAGCCAUAUGUUAACUGGGCAGCCGCAAUGGCUACAUCCCUCAAUACAGGGGUUCCAUGGGUGAUGUGCCAGCAAGCAGACACUCCUGAUCCACUCAUCAACACUUGCAAUGGGUUUUAUUGUGACGGGUUCACCCCUAAUUCUCCUAAGAAGCCUAAAAUGUGGACUGAAAAUUGGAGUGGAUGGUUUCUUGCAUUUGGUGGUGCUGUCCCAUAUAGACCUGUCGAAGACCUUGGGUUUUCAGUGGCGCGCUUUUAUCAGCGAGGUGGCACCUUUCAGAACUAUUACAUGUAUCAUGGUGGUACCAACUUUGGCCGAUCAUCUGGCGGCCCAUUUAUAUCUACCAGCUACGAUUACGAUGCUCCUAUUGAUGAAUAUGGACUUCUCAGACAACCUAAAUGGGGACACCUUAAGGAUCUUCACAAGGCUGUAAAGCUCUGUGAAGAAGCAAUGGUGGCAACUGAUCCAACAACCACUUCCCUUGGUACAAAUUUAGAGGCCAGUGUUUAUAAAUCAGAUUCAGGUUCAUGCUCUGCUUACCUUGCCAAUUUUGGUACCAGUUCUGAUGCAAAUGUGACCUUUAAUGGCAAAUCAUACUACUUGCCUGCAUGGUCUGUAAGCAUCUUACCUGACUGCAAGAAUGUCGUCUUCAACACUGCAAAGAUCAACUCCAUGGCCACAGUUCCAACAUUUGUCAGACAUUCUUUAGGAGAUGAAACUACUUCUUCUAAAGCACUCGGAUCUGGCUGGAGUUCAAUCAAGGAACCUGUAGGUAUUUCAAGUAAAAGUGCAUUCACAAAAUCUGGAUUAUUGGAGCAAAUAAACACGACAGCUGAUAAGAGUGACUAUAUGUGGUAUUCGUUAAGCACCGAAGUAAAAGGUGAUGAAUCUUACCUUGAAGAUGGAUCUCAAACAGUUUUGCAUGUGGAUUCACUUGGUCAUGUUCUUCAUGCUUUUGUCAAUGGUAAUCUUGAAGGGAGUGCAAUAGGAAGUAAUGGUCAUCCUAAAGUGUCCCUUGAUGUUCCCGUCAAGCUCAAACGUGGAACAAAUAAAUUCGAUUUCUUAAGUUUGACAGUGGGACUUCAGAAUUAUGGAGAAUUUUUUGAUUUGAGCGGUGCUGGGGUAACUGGUCCAGUGCAGCUUAGAGGCUCAACAAGUGGAGCUGCUGCUAAUCUCUCGUCUCAGCAAUGGACAUAUCAGGUUGGACUGAAAGGGGAAGACUUGGGCCUUUCCAGUGGAACUCAGUCUAUGUGGGUAGAACAGCCCUCCUUGCCUGCAGGACAGCCAUUAACAUGGUACAAGACAACUUUUGAUGAGCCUAGUGGAAAUAACCCGAUUGCACUGGACAUGACGGGAAUGGGAAAAGGUGAAGCAUGGGUAAAUGGACAAAGCAUCGGGCGUUAUUGGCCAACGAACAUUGCUCCAAACAGUGGUUGUACUGACUCUUGCAAUUACAAGGGAUCUUAUAGUUCAAGCAAAUGUCUUCGAAAUUGUGGAAAACCAUCCCAGGCAAUGUACCAUGUUCCUCGCUCAUGGUUGAAACCAACUGACAACAUCCUAGUAUUGUUCGAGGAAAUAGGUGGUGAUCCCACAAAGAUCUCUUUUGCUAAUAGACAGGUUGAAAGUUUGUGCUCACAAGUGUCAGAGUCUCACCCACUUCCAGUAGACAUGUGGGCGACAGAUAAAAUGACUGAAAAGGCAUCAAGACCAGUAGUUUUUCUGGAGUGUCCUCACUCUGGACAGGUCAUUUCUAAGAUAAAGUUUGCAAGCUUCGGAACACCUAACGGGAUGUGUGGAAGUUUCAGCCAUGGUCAGUGCAGCAGUAAGAAGGCUCUUUCUGUUGUGCAUAAGGCUUGCAUUGGCUUAAAAAGUUGCAGCAUCGACGUAUCAGUGUCAACUUUUGGGAAUCCGUGUAGAGGAGUUACAAAGAGUUUAGCAGUAGAAGCUUCCUGUUCAUGAUAAAAUCCUGCAUUCUAAUCUUAACUCUUGGGAUAAGCAGAAAACUAUCCCUAGGUAAGUGUACAAUAAUAGAAUAAAGUGUCUUAGAGUUGAGAUUAUGCAAUCCUCAAGUAGGGAUGAACUCCUAAUAGAAGAAUGUGAUUUUUCACCACCUUAUAUAUCCCUUGCAUUACAAAGAAAAAGAAAAUCACACAUCUUUACCAGUGAUCCA